AUGUUAUUCCCGACCCUUUUGUACACAAUUAUAUCUCUUCUUUCUUUCUUUCUUUCUUUCUUUCUUUCUUUCUUUCUUUCUUUCUUUCUUUCGUUCUUUCUUUCGUUCUUUCUUUCUUUCUUUGCAUAUACUUCGUUCUUUCUAUGUGCAUCUUUUUCUUUCUUUUUUGGCAUAAUUUUUACUUCCUUUUUUCCUUCUUUCUUUCCUUCCUUCUUUUCUUUCUUUUUUUCGUCUUUGUUUCUUUUUCUUUCUUUCUUUACAUAUUCUUCCUUUCUUUGUGCAUAUUUUUCUUUCUUUCUUUCUUUCUUUCUUUCUUUCUUUCUUUCUUUCUUUCUUUCUUUCUUUCUUUGCAUAUUCUUCUUUCUUUCUUUCUUUCUUUCUUUCUUUUCUUUUUUCUUUAUUUGCAAUUUUUUCUUUCUUUUUUUUGGUUAUAUUCAUUAUCUAUCUAUCUAUCUAUCUAUCUAUCUAUCUAUCUAUCUACUUCAGUGUAUUCAUAUCUUUUCAGUGUAUUCAUAUCUAUCUAUCUAUCUAUCUAUCUAUCUAUCUGUCUAUCUAUCUAUCUGUCUAUCUAUCUAUCUAUCUAUCGCUGCCUAUUCAUUAUCACAAUCUGUUCAUUAUCUAUCUAUCUAUCUAUCUAUCUAUUCAUUAUCACAAUGUUCAUUAUCUAUCUAUCUACUUCAGUCUGUUCAUAUCUAUCUAUCUAUCUAUCUAUCUAUCUAUCUAUCUAUCUAUCUAUCUAUUUCAGUCUGUUCCUAUCUAUCUAUCUAUCUAUCUAUCUAUCUAUCUACUUCAAUUUUUUUAAUAUCUAUUUCAGUGUAUUCAUCUCUCUCUCUCUUUCUCUCUCUCUCUAUCUAUCUACUUCCGUCUAUCAUACCUAUUUCAGUGUAUUCAUAUCUAUCUAUCUAUCUGUUCACAUCUAUCUAUUUCAGUGUAUUCAUAUCUCUCUCUCUCUCUCUCUAUCUAUCUGUCUAUUUCAGUCUAUUCAUCUAUAUCUAUUUUAGUCUUUAUCUAUCUAUCUAUCUAUCUAUCUAUCUAUCUCAGGCACCAGCUUUUUUUUCUCUCUCUCCCUGUCUCCCUCUAUAUCUCUCUCUCAUUCUCUCUCUCUCUCUUCUGUCUCUGUUUCUCUCCUUCUGUUUAUCGCCUUCUUUCUCUCACUCUCUCUCUCUCUAUCACUCUCUCUUUAUCUCCUUCUCUUUCUCUCCCCUCCCUCUACCUCUCUUUAUCUCCUACUCUCUCUCUUUAUCUCCCUCACUUUCUUUCUCUCGUACUCUCUCUGUAUCUCCCUCUCCCUCACUUUAUCCCUCCUCUCUUUCUCUUUAUCUCAGCUUUCUUUCUCUCGCACUGCCUCUCUCUUUAUCUUCCUUUCCUUCUCUUUUUCUCACUUUCUCUCUUUAUCUCCCCCCUCCUCCCCUCUCCUCCUCUUUCUCAUCUCUUUUUAUCUCGCUACUCACUCUCUUUAUCUACCUCUCUUUCACUCAGCCUCUCUCUAUCUCCCCACCUCUCUCUCAUGUAAUAAAGAUAUUUUCGUUCCGACCGUGA